AUGGCAGCCCGUGUCUUCUCUGACUUGGUGAGUAUCGGGCACUUCAGCCUGACGAGGAAAGAGACUCAGCACUCUUUAUUUACUCCUAGCUGAGGACCCCACCUCUGGGAUGUCCCACCCCAGCCCCCAGAAGACCUGCUCUUCUCCCUCACCAAACUUGGGGGACACACGACUCCUCCUCUGCAAUCCCCAUCUCUUUCUGUCUCUGCUGCAGGGCAGGAUAUGACACCCCACACACAAAGUAUGCUGGGACCUGUAGUUUGUUAAGGAUGCUAGGAAUUGUAGCCAGGAUUCUUUGGGGGAAGCCGCUUUAAAUCACGGGUAGGCAAACUAAGGCCCGGGGGCCGGAUCCGCCCAAUCGCCUUCUCAAUCCGGCCCGUGGACGGUCCAGGAAUCAGCAUGUUUUUACAUGAGUAGAAUGUGUCCUUUUAUUUAAAAUGCAUCUCUGGGUUAUUUGUAGGGCAUAGGAAUUCGUUCCUAUCCCCCCUUCCAAAAUAUAGUCCAGCCCCCCCACAAGGUCUGAGGAACAGUAGACUGGCCCCCUGCUGAAAAAGGUUUGCUGACCCCUGGCUUUAAAUUAAUACCAUGGAGGGGAGAACAAUUGUUUCCCAUCUGAGGAGGUUGGUCACUUCUCAAGUGGGUUCAUAACACCUGGCUGAGGCAUCAGGGUCACACCUGGUUCUCCUGUUGUCCCCCUCGUCCUCUCACCUGACUCCUUCCCUGCCUCAUGAUAGGGCAUCGGGUGAUGGACCAGCCCUCACCAUCUCUUGGAUGGUGGCUGCAGAGGGGAGGCGAGGACGUGGCCCAUACGGUGGUGUUUUCUCUUGGCAGAUUCGGUACCAGCGAGUGUUCCAAAUGAUCUUCGUGGUGGGGAUGGGAGGGACCUUCCUGAUCGGCUUCCAGAUCUCCGUGAUCAGCUAUCCCUCUCAGGUAAGCAAAGGGGAUUGUAGUUGAGAGCCAGUGUGGUGUAGUGGUUAAGAGCGGUAGUCUCGUAAUCUGGGGAACCGGGUUUGAUUCCCCACUCCUCCACAUGCAGCUGCUGGGUGACCUUGGGCCAGUCACACUUCUCUGAAGUCUCUCAUCUCCACUCACCUCACAGAGUGUUUGUUGUGGGGGAGGAAGGGAAAGGAGAAUGUUAGCCGCUUUGAGACUCCUUAAAGGGAAUGAAAGGCGGGAUAUCAAAUCCAAACUCUUCUUCUUCUUCUUCUUCUCCCUCUCACAUGUCGGUUGGCAAUAGCCUAGAGGGGUCUCGUCCGACGGUGGCCUCAGCUGAUACAAAAAGAGAACAGCUUUGUGGUGUUUAGGUAGAUUAUUUGGCUUCACAGGCUCUCUGCACGUACGAAAGAUGGCUUUGCAGGGUGUGGGGAUAUCCCCUGACAAAUGGGUGGUGGGGUUGCCCCUGAGGGUGCUAGCCCCCAUUUUCAAGGGGUGAGUGAUGGCUAGCUGUGCCUGGGACCUCUUUUCCUCCACCCGCUUAGCUGGUGCCCACAAUUUCAGGACGGGCAGCAGUAUCAUCUCAAGCCAGCGGUGGUUCAGGUGGAGAUACAGGCAUGGCGGAGGGAUUGGGUCACAUGGGUUGCCACCAGGGGGAGGGGCCAAAAGAGCUAGUUGGCUCCUGCUGAUUGGCUCAGGUGUGUCCGGAGGGGCAGGAUUUCUCCAGUUUUGUCAUCUGGAGAAGGUUGUACCCUGAAUCCAAACCAUCUCCUUUCAUACCAACGGAGGAAAUGAAGGUUUGUAAACAAGGCAGGGCAGAGCAGGGGCUGCUGUCUGGAAAAUAAUGUGGUUUGUUGAAAAAAUAUGCUACCAGUGUCUGGCUAUGAUGCUUCUGGCUGCUGAGAGUAGGUGGGUUAUGAGCUCUUUGUGAUGUGAGUACGGAGUAUUGUCUCAUUAGAUGUUUAGUAGGGCCAGUUCUGGGGUGAGUUCUUGUACUUGCUUAGUUAUUUGCAGUGCUUUUAUUCUUUUUUAAAAAAGGUUAAGGGGUACUCUCAUUUUCCUACUCAUAUUGAAAUACUGCCCCUCAAUGAGGCCAAACUUAGAUUCACAAAAUGUUUAAGGGUAUGCGUACCCCUGCGUCCCUCCAGAAAAAAGCACUGGUUAUUUUGCAUAUUUCUUAUAUGAUUGAUGUCCAAAAGAGUUGGAUUUUAGGACAUUCCCACCACACGUGGAGGUAUAUACCUGUGGAGGUGCAUCCUCUCUUGUAAACCAAGAAAUACACACACACACACACACACACAAAACCAAGAGCUUUCAAUAUAAGAGAUACACAGUGGGUGGGUGCUGGAGUUCAUGUCUUCUUUAAUUUUUAAAUUAUUAUUAUUAUUAUUAUUAUUAUUAUUAUUAUUCCCUUCCCAGUACAUCAAGACAUUUAUCAACCAGACAUGGGUCAAGCGGUACGGCUCUGCCCUUCACCACGAAACGCUCACCUUCCUGUGGUCUGCAGUCGUCUCCAUUUUCUGCCUGGGUGGGAUCCUGGGCAACCUGUCCAGUGGGCAUGUGACCACCCAAUAUGGAAAGUAAGCCCCUUCCUUACCAGGAGGCCCUGGUGCCCCCCACCCCUUUGUGGGCAUUAAUAAAGUAUGUCAAUAUGGGCAUUAAUAAAGUAUGUCAAGAUGAAUGGGUAGUCAAAUUGUACGAUUACUUGGAGCUCGCGAAGCUGACAGAUGCAAUAAGAGAUAAACCUAAAAAGAUGGUGAAAGAAGAAUGGGAAUGUUUAAAUAAUUAUCUAGGGGAUAAGGGUUCAUCAAGAAAGACCUGGUUAUGUUUAGGAUGAUACCACAUAGGGAAAUGUUCCCUGAUACCAAGAUGAGGGAUUCUAUGGAAUGCAGAUAGAGAGAAUUGAUAAGAAUAAUGAUCUGUUGUGACCUUGAUGGAAGCAUACAAUAGAUGAGCCUUCUUGUGUUUUGGCUCAUCUUCCUCUUUCUUUUCUUUUUCCUCCCCCCCCCACCUCCUUUCCUUUUUCUUUUUUCUUUCCCAUAAUGGCUUAUGUUCUAUGCCAUGUACUUUGAUUUUUUUGUAGUUUUUUAGCUUUUUUCAUUAUUAUUAUUAUUAAGGAUUUUUCUUUUGUAAUUUUGGUUGUUUAUAUUUAUCUGUAUUUGUUUAAAGCAAAAUAAAAGUAUUAAAAAUUUAACAACAACAACAAUAAUACAUUUAUUAUUGUUGUUAUUGUUAUCCUCUUGGAAUCAUCUCGGGAUCAAUUCUAUGAUUCUAACUCUAAGCAAUAAAAUACAGAAAUAGUCCUUUAAAAAAAAGAAGUAUGUCACUCUUGUGACGCCAACAUCAUUUUGUGAAUCAUGUGCUUUGAAUCCCUUAUUUGCCAUGUUUCAUUUGGCAAGAGGUCAGUCAAGGGGUUUGCUUCUUCAGUUGGGGACAAAGGGGCGGGCAAAAGCCUCUUCUUCACCCCGGGACGUUGUCCGUUCCAGAAAGAAAACGCUGCUGUUCAACGACAUUGUCACCAUCGCCGCCGCCCUCCUCGUCGGCUUCAGUAGGACGGCCGACUCUUUCGAAAUGAUCCUGAUAAGCCGUUUCCUCUAUGGCUUCACUGCAGGUAGGAGACCUCUCAGCCCUGAUAUUUUGAGUCUUGGGUGGGGCCAAUUGCAUGAACUGGGGCAAUGAUGGCUAGUUUAAACAUGGAGGAAAACUCUGGUAAAAUGCUACCGAGAGUAGGCCAGAACCCCAGUUUGGGCCUCUGCCAGGGCCGGCCCUAGCAUGAGGUAGCUGCCUCAGGCAGCAGAUGCUGAGGUACAGGGACUGGCCAGAAUUGCGAGUGUCCUCAAGUGUGGUGGAAGACACAGUUCUUUCAUCUACGUUGGAGUAAAAUUCAACUACCAGUCCAAUUGGCUUCUGUGUGUGCCUUUGGGGAAGGGGCCAUCUUGUCCUUUGCCUCGGGCAGCAAAAUGUCUUGAGCUGGCCCUGGCCUCCACUGUGGCAGUGAGGGAGGCAAAGGCAUUUCACUGUCCCACCGUUGUUGCAUUGGCACAGAGUCCUGCAAGUGUAGUAGCUUACCGCAUCAAGGACCCUCUGCAGCUAAGGAUGAAUCAUCAAAGGUCAGUUUAAGCUUCACGUUUUGCAGAUAAAGCAGCUCAGAUUUGGAUUCAAGAGUGACAGCAGAACCCAACCAUGGAUCCUUAGUGGCAGCAGCAGGAAGAGAAGGAGGUCCUUCUCACGUGGUCCUGGAUCCAUCUCAGUUUGUGGGCCUGAUCUUGGGGGGUGUGAGCUCACUCACACAUAAAGACAUCCACCCAAGUGGGUCUUGAAAGGGAUGAAAGCCUUGUGAGGGGAAUAUGUCGUUCUUCUGGACCCAUUUCAUCCUGGUUCCAGUUUUCAGACAGAGAUGUAUUUGGCCACUGGGUAGAUGACGUGGGAACUGGAAACACAGGGUGGGGGGUUGUCUCCCUGUUGGUUCUGCUGGAGCUCUUAGCAAAUUUUGACCUGCUCAGCAAUGGUGUCCUUCUGGGCUGCCUGACAAAGAUGGUCCCUGGCUUGGGUCCAGCUGGAGGAUGUCUGCUGGACACUCCUGUCUUCCCUGUCAAGGUCCCAUCAUCACUGCCAGAUUAAACCCUUUGGAGGCAGUCCCUGUUGUUGUUUAGUCGUUUAGUCGUGUCCGACUCUUCAUGACCCCCUGGACCAGAGCACGCCAGGCACUCCUGUCUUCCACUGCCUCCCACAGUUUGGUCAAACCCAUGCUGGUCGCUUCAGAAACACUAUCCAGCCAUUUCGUCCUCUGUCGUCCCCUUCUCCUUGUGCCCUCCAUCUUUCCCAACAUCAGGGUCUUUUCCAGGGAGUCUUCUCUUCUCAUGAGGUGGCCAAAGUAUUGGAGCCUCAGCUUCAGGAUCUGUCCUUCCAGUGAGCACUCAGGGCUGAUUUCCUUCAAAAUGGAUAGGUUUGAUCUUCUUGCAGACUAUGGGACUCUCAAGAGUCUCCUCCAGCACCAUAAUUCAAAAGCAUCAAUUCUUCGGCGAUCAGCCUUCUUUAUGGUCCAGCUCUCACUUCCAUACAUCACUACUGGGAAAACCAUAGCUUUUACUAUACGGACCUUUGUUGGCAAGGUGAUGCCUCUGCUUUUUAAGAUGCUGUCUAGGUUUGUCAUUGCUUUCCUCCCAAGAAGCAGGCAUCUUUUAAUUUCGUGGCUGCUGUCACCAUCUGCAGUGAUCAUGGAGCCCAAGAAAGUAAAAUCUCUCACUGUCUCCAUUUCUUCCCCUUCUAUUUGCCAGGAAGUGAUGGGCCCAGUGGCCAUGAUCUUAGUUUUUUUGAUAGCAGUUGAAAUAUCGCAAAUUAUCUCCGAAUACGUUUUUUUUUGUAAUUUUCUUUCAAGAUCAAAUCAAUAUUAUUUUGAGUUGUUGUUAUCUGGCCCCUAAAAGGCAUGGGGCCCAUAGGCUGCUUCCUACUGUCUGUUUGGUAAUCUGGCACUGCCCAUCAUGAUCCCUAAUGUUUAACCUUAAUAGAAAGCCACUGUGAGAGGUCAUCUGGAGAUCUGGGGGUAUGUUGUUACCAGCUUGCAGGUGGCCUAUCUCAGCAGGGGCUCUCCUCCCAACUUGCUCCCCCUCCCCAUCAUGUGGCCCAGGCUGACACAGGCAGCUCCAAGUGGUGGCUUUUGUGGGUGGUGGAACAUUGUGGUACGAUCUCAGAGACAUCACUAAAUCUUUCUGUAACGUACCUUUUCCUUCUCACUGAAGGUAUUUCCCUGAACGCCAAUGGACCGUACGUUGGAGAAAUUGCACCCAAGAAAUUCAGAGGUUUUGCCACUGCCACCUGCUCUGUGUUUUUUUCGCUAGGAAAAGCUUUUGGACAAAUUAUGGGCUUAAGGUAAGUUAAACUGAUGGCAUAGCAGACAACCGUGUUUGUUUAUCCUUCCCUCCUUUUCUACUUUCUUCCCACUUGGAUCCAUUUUGCGGUUGAGACGAUCAAGUGUUGUUCUUCAUCUGUCAGAAUGUUUUCCUCAAUUUGCUGACCAAUUGCAUUCUCUCCUUAUUUCCACUUGGACUGAUCUUGUCAUUUUUAAUGGUUUAUGUGUCUAUUUUGUGCUGACCACUGUAAUGAUUGCAUCGUCCUCAACAGCCUUGGGGAGGUAGGUGAGCUACACACCUUUCAUUCUUGUUUGUGCCCAUAGCUGUCAACUUUUCCCUUUUCUUGCGAAGAAUCCUAUUCGGAAUAAGGGAAUUUCCCUUAAAAAAGGGGAGCAGUUGACAGCUUUGUUUAUGCCAUGCCCUCCCUUUCCUCUCUAACUCUGGACCAGGUAAGAGAGAUUUGCCAGCUGGCUCCCUCGCGUCUGCUGGGCCAAAGACACUUUGGGGUUUCUCCUGGUGGGAGCAAGGUGGUGGAGUAAUGCCAGGAAGCUUAAAGGGGGCAAGGGACAACUACGUACAAUUCCUUAGGCUUGUCAAGAGCCAGUGUGGUGUAGUGGUUAAGAGCGGUAGUCUCGUAAUCUGGUGAACCGGGUUCGUGUCUCCGCUCCUCCACAUGCAGCUGCUGGGUGACCUUGGGCCAGUCACACUUCUCUGAAGUCUCAGCCUUACUCACCUCACAGAGUGUUUGUUGUGGGGGAGGAAGGGAAAGGAGAAUGUUAGCCGCUUUGAGACUCCUUAAAGGGAGUGAAAGGCGGGAUAUCAAAUCCAAACUCUUCUUCUUCUUCUUCUUCUUCUUCUUCUUCUUCUUCUUCUUCGAAACUCACUCCAUACCCUGCAGGGAAUGCGCUGGCAAAGCAGCACCCAGCAGCGUUCAACUCUGCGCUUCAGCUGACCUCACUCAGUGAUGUCAGCUGGUGGGUGUGGUUUGGGGGAUAAUGACCUUAUGGGCCAAAUUAGACCCCACCCCCAGUGGGCCAAGAUUGACUCAUGGGCUGGAGGUUCCCUACCCCUGGUUUAAAGAGAGACACAUUGGAAAGACCUGUUUCUGUGACAAACACAGCUGAGCAAAGUGCUGGGAGUUGGUCAGGCAGGGGCAGGGCCUCUGAUUUUUCUAACUGGUGAUUUCUUAAUUGUUCUACGGGAUUUGUGCUGCAUUUGUGGUGUUCUAUUAUGCCGUUGUUAUUUAUUGUUUGUAAGCUGCUUAGCGAUUCAUUUGAAUGAAAAGCAGCAUAGAAACCUAGGACUUGCCGAUCAUAAGGUUGGUGGUUCUAAUCCCCGCGAUGGGGUGAGCUCCCGUUGCUCAGUCCCUGCUCCUGCCAACCUAGCAGUUCAAAAGCACAUCAGAGUGCAAGUAGAUAAAUAGGUACUGCUCCGGCGGAAAGGUAAACGGCGUCUCCAUGUGCUGCUCUGGUUCGCCAGAAGCGGCUUAGUCAUGCUGGCCACAUGACCCAGAAGCUGUACGCCAGCUCCCUCGGCCAAUAAGAUGAGUGCCUCAACUCCAGAGUUGGUCAUGACUGGACCUAAUGGUCAGGGGUCCCUUUACCUUUAUGCAUGUGCUUUUAAAAUGUGUUGGGUAGCAGGUUUAUUGGGUUGUUUUUGUUUUUAUUACGUAUUUUAUGUUGUAACCACUCUGAGACCUGCGAGUAUAGGUUGCUAUACAAAUUUAAUUAACAACAACAACAUGUGUUGUUGUUUUUUUAAAAUAGAAGGAAAUCAGGGGUUUCCAGGUCCCCUAAACACCUGCCCUCCUCCCUUGGAUGAAGCCUAAAUGGCUGCUUUCUCUAUGCCUGUUGUCCCCAGAGAUCUCUUUGGCACAGAGUCGCUGUGGCCUGUGCUCCUGGCUCUGUGUGGGAUCCCAGCCCUGCUGCAGCUGCUGCUCCUGCCCUUCUUCCCCGAGUCCCCUCCAUACCUGUUGCUCCAGAAGGGAGACAAAGAUGGUUGCUUGAAAGGUAAUGAGCAAGUUGGGUGGGGUAGAAGUGGCCGUCUAGCCUUCAUUGCCUGAGCACAGGAGAGGUGCCCAAAUAAAAACUCAGCAAGGAAAACAGAAGCCCCUGCUGUAACUUGCACAAAAUUUCUAGUUGUUUGCCUAUUUUUCAUCCAAAAGUUCCGUCCGCACACAAGUCAGCGGCACCUGAGGCUUCUGCAUGCAAAAGUCGGAGGCUGAUUCAGCCUCAGCGGAAAUUAGGGGUGAGGGAGCAGUUUGACUUUUACGGCAAUCUUAGAAAUUCUAGGGUUUUUAAACUAGGAAUCCAAAAGAGCCACAGCCCCACCUCUGAUAUGCGAUUUUAGCAGUGUUCUCCACCGCAGAGCUGCUGUAAGCGACUCUCUGCCGCAGGGGGGUGUAAGACCUGCCCUACCCCAGAGGACUUCUGCCCAUGCACAGCCAGGUCUCAUAACUGUUAAGUUGUGGGUGAACAUAUCAGACGACACAGCGAUUCUUCAAACAGCUCUUGUUUAUUCACAGGCCAGAACAGAACUGAACUGAAGGGUUCAGCCAGCCUGCUUAUAUAGAGCUCCACUACAAUGCAACAGUAACCACUUUCUGUAACUAUCCAAUCACUGAACGUCACUUUCGAUCCCUUAUUUGCAUAACUAUCUACAGUAUCCCCCUGCUGGCCCAGGGUGAGAACUUCAGUACAUAACAAUAACCACCCCCAGACCUGUUUGGGAGACCAGAGCAAAUCUAGAUGUUUGAUCACAUGUGGGCAGGGUGGGCUGCCCAGAUUAAAAACCCCUGAUCUGCUUCCUUUAGUUCUGUCCAACUCCAGCUGGCCUCUUUAGGCAGGGUGGGAUGCCAAAGCAAUGUUGUUCCUCUUGUUCUGUCACUAACAUUCCCCUAUUUUCAGGGGAGGCUUAAUAAUGUUAUUAUUUAUAUGCCACCCUAUAGAUAGGGUUGACUCAGCCACUCUUGGUGGCUUCUAGCAAAAUAUAAAAAAAUUUUAAAAAUGUCCCAAUACAGGACCACCACCAGAUGUCUUCUAAAAGUUAUGUAGUUGUCUAUCUCCUUGACAUCUGGUGGGAGGGCGUUCUACAAGGUGCGCACCACUACUGAGAAGGCCCUCUGCCUGGUUCCCUGUAACCUUGCUUCUCGCAGUGGGGGAACCGCCAGAAGGCCCUCGGAGCUGGACCUCAGUGUCCAGGCUGGACGAUGAGGAUGGAGACACUCCUUCAGGUAUAAGCUCCUUCGAGCUUCUUCUUCUUUUUUUAAAUGUAAUUUUUAUUACAUUUUCUGUUUUGCAAUUUAAAAUACUCAUGAUAUUAAUGAUAUUAAUGACUUCCCUUCUCUUUCCAUGGUUCAUUUUUCAUAUCUUAUAUUCCUGCAUAUUUUACAAAAACUAUACCAUUUAGUUUUCCAUUACUGCAUCUAUCAAAACUUAUUUUGAUGUUGAAUUUUUCUUAGUGCUGCCAGCGUUUUCAGCAGUACACAGUUAUUUCCCCUAUACAGUGGUACCUUGGGUUACAUACGCUUCAGGUUACAUACGCUUCAGGUUACAGACUCUACUAACCCAGAAAUAGUACCUCAGGUUAAGAACUUUGCUUGAGGAUGAGAACAGAAAUUGUGCUCUGGCAGUGCGGCAGCAGCAGGAGGCCCCAUUAGCUAAAGUGGUGCUUCAGGUUAAGAACAGUUUCAGGUUAAGUGCGGACCUCCGGAACGAAUUAAGUACUUAACCCGAGGUACCACUGUAUUCAAUAAAUGCUUUCCAGUCUUCUUUAAACGCAUGUUCUUCUUGUUCUCUUAUUCUAUAUGUUAAGUCUGCAAGUUGUGCAUAUUCUGUCAGCUCAAGUUGCCAUUCUUCUUUGGUUGGGACCUUGCUCAUUUUCCAUUUUGGGGCUAACGAAACAGAAGCCGCAGUGGUAGCAUACAUAAAUAACCUUUUUUGACACCUGGGUAUUUCAGUCUGAAUUAUCCUCAACAGGAAGGACUCUGGGUUUGGGAGGGAAUUAUGAAUUCAUUAUGAAUCAUUUCCCAAUAUGCUUUAACCCUUUACAAGUCCACUACAGCUCCUUCAAGCUUCUGAAUGGAUGAUAGUAAUUUGGAUGCCCCUGGAUACGUUCUCUGAUGAUGACUGAAACUUUGAUCUUUUCGUUCAGCCAAUGUUCAGAUAAUUGAGUAACUCAGUUUUUGAAGGACUGUCCGUUCCCCCCCCCCUUUCUCUCCCUCUCUCUCCCCCACAAAGCCAUGAAGUACCUCUGGGGUGAAGGGCAUCACCAAGCUGAGUUGGAGGACAUGGUGAAGCAGAAGGAGGACAUGAGAAGCUCCAAGAACCUGAGUGUCCUGGAAGUGAUGAGCGAGAAGUCCGUGCGGUGGCCGCUGGGCCUCAGCGUCCUGCUGAUCUUCACCCUGAACCUCUCUGGCUUGAGUGCCGUUGAGUAGAAUCACUUUAAUUGCAUCAGGAACUCUAAGCAAUGGAAACUCUUUCUUCCUCUUCUCCUGCUUCUUCUUAUUCUCCUUCUUCUUCUUCUCCCCACCCCCCACCUCUCUUAGGGGCUUUCCACACAUUGAUUGGGGGGACUUACACACUUUCUCCACCCAUUUCCUAAAGGGCACAUGCAAGGUGCUGUUUUAAGAAAACAUUUAAAUAAUCAUAACCCAGCCAUUAAUAUUCCCAUCUUUUGGUUUUAUUUAUAUAUAUUUAUUUUAUUUUUAUAUAUUUAUUUUAUUUAUAUUUAUAUUUAUAUUAUUUAUAUUUAUAUUUAUAUUUAUAUUUAUAUUUAUAUUUAUAUUUAUAUUUAUAUUUAGUUGCCCCCAGGACAUUCGAGCCCCUUUUAAAAGACUGUGCAAGAUUCUCUGCUUAGAGUUUAAACAUAACACAUCACUUUACUUGGUAUACGAAAACAUAUUUACAUAGGUCGGCGGUUCGAAUCCCCGCGACGGGAUGAGCUCCCGUUGCUCGGUCCCUGCUCCUGCCAACCUAGCAGUUCAAAAGCACCCCCAAAAGUGCAAGUAGAUAAAUAGGUAUUGCUCCGGCGGGAAGGUAAACAGCGUUUCCAUGCGCUGCUCUGGUUAUCCAGAAGCAGCUUAUACGCUGGCUCCCUCGGCCAAUAAAGCAAGAUGAGCGCCGCAAUAUAUAUAUAUAUAGUCUGUGUGUGUGCAUGUGUUAUACAUAUAUAUGAGAGUGAGGUGGAAUCUACACACAUAGUUUAAAAAGCUGUGAAAAUGCUUUUUUAAAAAAGUUUUGAAAAAUACAUUGAAUUUGGCCUAGCUCACUGUCACCAUCUUGUACAUUGCAUUUUACAACACAUUUGAAACGUUUUAUCUGCGGCGUGUAGCUGAGUCCAGACAGACUUAUGACACUUUAGAGAAUUAUUCUGAGGUGCAUAGCAGUGUAAAAUAACUCCUGCUGCUCUGUCAGUAAAACUCAAGGCUCUGUGUUGCAUUAGCUCUUUCCAUAGCAUUUUGGAUGCACCACUCCCACACUUUCCCCCCAGAUAUCCUUCCAUCUUUUCUCAGGCAGCAGGAAAUCUGGUGGUUCAGGUGGAAGGGAGGAUGAAAGAGAGCUGUAGUGGAGCUCCCCCAACCUCCUGGUGCCAAUGGCCACGACCCUCACGCUUCUGUCUAUUCCCAAGAAAUUUUGGUGGGCACCAUGGUUCCUUCUCUUUUGAAAGACAAAGUGGCAUAAAACAGCUUGUAAAAACAGCACCGUAACAAAAACGAGAUCACAUCCAGCUUAAUGUGGAAGCCGCUUGCAGCAAUUCAGAGCACCUGAGGUUGGGAGACCUUAAAAUGCCUGCUUUUGACAGGAAUGUUGGGGCCCUUUCGUCCAAGAGAAUGAACCUGCACCUCUUUCCCUCAUCCUGAAAACUUUUUGCACCAGUCCCUCGGACAUUCCUUGUUUCGUUUUUGUUUUCCAGAUCUACUUCUACGCCUUCGAAGUUUUCCGCACAGCCAAAAUUGAAGAAAGCCUCAUACCUUACGUAGCAGUCGGCGUUGGCAGCUGCGAAUUUGUUGGUACGAUCCUAUGCGUAAGUCCAGCCUGGUUUGCGAGUGGGAACAGAAGAGCCGACUCCUUUGUAAUGGGAAGGAGCUGGAGGGAGCAAGAAGGGCGGGUUCAGUAGCUGGUGCUUGUGUGUGGUCCUGGGCUGGAUGCAGGUGGUGCUGUGGUCUAAACCACUGAGCCUCUUGGGCUUGCUGAUCAGAAGGUCGGCGGUUUGAAUCCCCACAACGGGGUGAGCUCCCGUUGCUCUGUCCCAGCUCCUGCCAACCUAGCAGUUUGAAAACAUAUCAGUGCGAGAAAAUAAAUAGGUACCGCUGCAGCGGGAAGGUAAAUGGUGUUUCCGUGCACUCUGGUUUCCGUCAUGGUGUCCCGUUGUGCCAGAAGCAGUUUUGUCAUGCUGUCUGUGGACAAAUGCCAGCUCCAUCGGCCUAAAAGUGAGAUGGAACCCCAUAGUCGCCUUUGACUGGACUUAACCGUCCAGGGGUUCUUUACCUUUACCUUUUUACCUGGUCUGGGAGCAGGAAGCAGUGGGCAAAAACUUCCCACAGACACCUUUCUGUCCAUGGGCAAGGUAUCCUGAGCAGUCCCCACACACUCAGUGGAAUUUGUCUCAUGCCCUUUCUUUGUUUUCCAAAUCCAUUUUAUCAAAAUUUGGGGAAAAAAGAAAUACAAAAAUUAGUAUCACGUGUCUUUCUUUUUUAAUCAAAGCUAAAAAGCUAAUGUAAAUAAGAACGCAGACCAGAAAAGGAGAGAGAGAAAGAGAGAAAGGGAAAAGGGAAAAAGAAAAGAGAGAGAAAGAGAGAAAGGGAAAAGGGAAAAAGAAAAGAGAGAGAAAGAGAGAAAAAGAGAGAAAGAAAGAAAGAAAGAAAGAAAGAAAGAAAGAAAGAAAGAGAGGGGGGAACAGAAAAAAAAAACUUCUGAUUCUUCAUCCGUCAGCCAUAUGAAGAAAAUAUUCAGCACAUCCACUCCAAGAUAACACCCAAUAAAUCCACUUUCUAUAAACUACAGUCGUACCUUGGAUCUCAAAUGCCUUGGCUCCCGAACAAAUCGGCUCCCGAAGGCUCAAAACCCGGAAGUGAGUGUUCCGCCUUUUGAACAAUUUUCAGAAGCCGAACAUCUGGCACAGCUUCCGAUUGGCUGCAAGCGCUUCCUGCAGUCAAUCAAAAGCGAUGCUUUGGUUUCCAAGCAUUUUGGAAGUGGAAGGGACUUCCAGAACGUAUUCCCUUCAACUUCCAAGGUGUGACUGGAGUCUCGUGUCCUUUCAAAAUAUGGUGCUGAACGCCUUUUGUUUUUGACCACACAGAGCUGCCUUGUUGACCGCUUUGGCCGGAGGGUUCUCCUGUGGGGUGGCUUCGCGAUGAUGGGGCUGGUGAUGGUGCUCCUCGUCUUGGCCCUCUCUUUCCAGGUGAGCAGAGUCCAGCCUCGGUUCCUCUUCCUUCUCCUCUGGGGGUGGCCAUUUGUCAGUGAUUCGCUACCUGUGAUUCCUGCAUUGCGGGGGGUUAGACUAGAUGAGCCUUGGUGUCCCUUCCGACUCUCUGGUUUUAUAUUGUGAUGGCUACUGAAUCUGUUGUGCCCAUGGACCAUUUGGAUAGCAAAAGACAUCGCAGCAUCGUGGGUGAGAGAGAGGAAAAAAUACACGUUCUUUGGAAGAAUCCCAUGCACAUCACAAUUGUUUUAACAGGACUUCCCUUCCUUCCUUCUUGCUUCCCAGGGCCAGUUCCCCUGGAUUUCCUUUGGCAGCAUCGCCCUCAUAUUUUUGUUCACCCUCUCCUAUGGUCUUGGCCCAUGUGAGUAAAUCUGGAACAGGGCUCACAGAGGGUGGGGUGGAGCCAGAAUAAUACUUAUAAUAAUUUAUUAUUUAUACCCCGCCCAUCUGGCUGGGUUUCCCCAGCCACUCUUGGUGGCUCCCAACAGAAUAAUUAUAAUUAUAAUUACCGUAUUUUUCGCUCUAUAAGACGCACCAGACCACAAGACGCACCUAGUUUUUGGAGGAGGAAAACAAGAAAAAAAUAUUCUGAAUCUCAGAAGCCAGAACAGCAAGAGUGAUCGCUGCUCAGUGAAAGCAGCAAUCCCUCUUGCUGUUCUAGCUUCUGGGAUAGCCGCGCAGUCUGCAUUCGCUCCAUAAGACGCACACGCAUUUCCCCUUACUUUUUAGGAGGGAAAAAGUGAGUCUUAUAGAGCGAAAAAUACGGUAAUAAAUAAAGUGAUAAAACAUCGAACAUUAAAAACUUCCAUAAACAGGGCUGCCUUCAAAUGUCUUCUAAAAGUCAGAUAGUUGUUUUAUUUCCUUGACAUCUAAUGGGAGGGCGUUCCACAGGGCAGGCGCCACUACCGAGAAGGCCCUGUGCCUGGUUCCCUGUAACCUCACUUCUCUCAGCGAGGGAACCGCCAGAAGACCCUCAGAGCUGGACCUCAGUGUCCGGGCUGAAUGAUGGGGGUGGAAACACUCCUUCAGGUAUACUGGGCCGAGGCCAUUUGGGCUUGAAAGGUCAGACCAACACUUUGAAUUGUGUUCGGAAACGUACUGGGAGCCAAUGUAGGUCAUUCAGGACCAGAGUUAUAUGGUCUUGGAACAGUUUCUGCCAGUGGCUUCUAGUCAGAGUUUUGUGUCGGCAAACUCCACAGAGAAAUCUGAAUUGCAAAAGACCCUCCAUAUUUCCUCUUUCAGCUGGUGCCAUCUUCGCGGUUAUAAUGGAGAUUUUUGGCCAGUCAGUAAGGCCAUCGGCAUUGACCAUCAUUGGAAUAGUCAGCUGGGUGGGCCUCUUCCUGGUCGGGAUGACGUUUCCAUUUCUUGUGGUGAGUUGCCCCCUUUGCCCGACGUCUGCCCAAGUCAUUUCGCUGCCUGAAGCAGGACACAAAAUAGCCAAUCCCCCUUGCUUAUUUUCCCAGUGCACCCAGCCAGCCAGCCAGCUCUCCCGUGUGCGUGUGUGUGUGUGUUUGGGUCUCCCUUGGUUUUCAUGCAAAUCCCCAUGCCUGAGCCAAACAAAACCCUGACAGGCCCAGUCAGCCGCAAAGCUUCUCCUUGUUCUACUUCACGACACAAGCAAAGUUGCUGUUAUUGUUCAGGUUCUCCUCCCUCCUGUGUGUGGUGAGUGGGAACCCUGUUGCAACAGUUCCUUGAAUAAAGAUCAGGCUUACUAGCUGCUUUGCUUCUCAAUAUACCGUGUUUUUCGCUCCAUAAGACGCACCUGACCAUAAGACGCACCUAGUUUUUAGAGAGGGAAUGCAAGGGGAAAAAAUAUUCUUUAAAGGGAGCACUGAACAGAGCCUGUAUGCAUCCCAGGCUGUGCUCAGCACUCCCUUUCACGAGCCGUGAGGAGCGUGUGUGCGGCACUUGCAGGCUUUUCCCCGAGGAGGGAGAAGGACUGCCCAUCUCCCUCCUCGGGGAAAAGCCCCCAAGAGCUGCACACAUGUUCCGCACGGCUCUUUAAAGGGAGCGUGGCUCUUGCCGGCUUUUCCGGGAGGUGGGGGAAGAGACAGAGCCGCGCGCUGUGUCCCUUCCCCCACCUCCUGCAAAAGCCAGGGAUAGCCACACGAAGCCUCCUCAGGGCAGCGGGAUGAAGGCUCCCCAUGCCCUGUGGAGGCUUCGCGCGGCGAAGCUAGAACAGCAAGAGGGAGCGCUGCGCAGCGCUCUGUCUCACUGUUCUGGCUUCCGGGAUAGCCGCGCAGCCUGCAUUCGCUCCAUAAGACGCACACACAUUUCCCCUUACUUUUUAGGAGGGGAAAAGUGUGUCUUAUAGAGCGAAAAAUACGGUACUCUGGUUGGCCUCUGCUAUUUUCUCCUACCGAUAGGGAAACCACUUAAGGACUCUAUACGGGCUCUGGACUACCCCAUAAGGGAAAGGGAGAUGUUUUUCACCUUUCUAGGAGGCUCUACUGAGUUUACUCUGAAAUGCCCUUGGGAGCACCUCACAUUUGUCUGGUUUUCCUUUCUCCAGGAGGUCCUCGGCCACUUCUGCUUCCUCUUCUUCUUCGUUGUGCUCCUCGUGGUGGGGAUCUUGAUCUACAGGUACCUGCCAGAGACAAAGGGAAGGUCCAUCAGCGAGAUCACCGAAGAAUUCAAAAGGAUGCGUUUGGGGAAGAGAAUGGCUAUCACCGCUCGGGGAAAGAUGGCCGCCACCGACCACAGUUUUUGUACCAAGUUGUGA